AUGACAUGCAAUGUGACGUAUGAAGCGACACCAUUCCGGAAUAGACUUGCGCGUAGAACGUACUCAUCAAUACGUUGCUCACGUCAAACUCAACGAACGCAGCUAGAAAUUACUGGGAAUAGAAGUCUAAGUGAGCAACACGAACAACAGCAAUACAUGCAUCAAGGAUGUCAUACAAUUAGUGAAGAAUGUACUUCAACAGGUCAAUCAUUCAUGAGUCAAAAUAACGAACAAUGUGACGCAGGUGAUACCGGUUCGCGUAUUUUUUUGCGUGGACCGAUACAACUUCGUGAUUCACGUCGUAAAACAGCCGAACAGUGGCAAACCAGAAAGCAUUCUCUAACAAGUGAUGGGAAUUCUGUGGAAGAAAUACGAUGCGGUCAGAAAGUUAAAUUUUCACCAGCUAUUGAUGAUCGAUCAUUUCUUCGAAAUCUGAGGAAUACCGUGCAAAAUAAAGGAAGUCAUCAGAAUUCUACACUCAAACAACCAGAUUUCACUCUAGCUCAUCUUUUACCAUCUCUUUUCUCAUCAUCUAUGACUGGUCUGAAAUCAAAAAGUCGCAAUUUUGAAUCAAAUUCCGGUUCUGUUUGUCAUUCCGAUUCAUCUUAUCCGGCCAAUUCUUGUACUAGACCGAAGGAAUUGCAUUUAAAAUCUGCUGGAUUAUAUGAAAUCCGUGUAAAUAUACCUAAGCAAAAUCAAAACCCUUUAAAUAAGUCG